AUGUUGGGUGCCAAUGUCCAGUGCGGUACCCUUAAAGUGCAUACAAUGACUCCUGCAGUUGCAGCUGCGGUUGCAUGUAUCCACCACUACAUGUGUCUCUUUAAAAAUUGGGCCAUAGAAGGAAGAGCAGGGCUGAGUCGCCCGCGUGAUAUGUCCAUAAGACAUAUACAUGCUGCUGAGGUGGGCCAACAAAUAACUGGUUUAUCAUUUUGGCCACAGCCUUACGGGAAUCUCUUAGUCAUGGCGAAUCCGGUGCCGAAUCCUGCUGAAUGUGGUAUACAGGUGUUUUGCCGUGUCCGUCCUCUCAACAGCAUGGAAGAAAAAGGCGACUCGAGGUUUGUGCCGAAAUUUUCAUCCGAUUCACAGGAAGCGAUAUCGGUUGCGGGUAAGGUUUAUGUGUUUGACAAAGUAUUCAAGCCUACUUCUACGCAAGAGGAAGUUUACAUGGGUGCAGCUUAUCAUAUCGUACAGGACGUUCUGUCUGGUUACAACGGUACUGUAUUUGCUUAUGGGCAGACAUCAUCGGGAAAGACGCACACGAUGGAGGGUGUUUUCGGUGAUUCGGACAAGCAGGGUAUAAUACCACGUAUUGUGCAAGAUAUAUUCAAUCAUAUUUAUAAUAUGGAUGUCGAUCUCGAGUUUCAUAUUAAAGUUUCAUAUUUUGAGAUUUAUAACGAAAAGAUUCGUGACUUGCUGGACGUAACGAAGAUGAACCUUGCAAUUCAUGAAGAUAAAAAUCGAGUACCAUAUGUGAAGGGAGCUACAGAACGAUUUGUUUCUAGUCCGGAGGAAGUCAUGGCUUGCAUUGAUGAAGGGAAAAAUAAUAGGCAUGUUGCUGUCACAAAUAUGAAUGAGCAUAGUUCGAGGAGUCACAGUGUAUUUCUGAUACAAGUAAAACAAGAGAAUACAGCGACUCAAAAAAAAUUAACUGGAAAGCUGUAUCUUGUUGAUCUUGCCGGAAGUGAAAAAGUCAGUAAGACAGGCGCCGAGGGCACAGUAUUGGAAGAAGCAAAAAAUAUUAACAAGUCUUUGUCGGCGCUUGGAAAUGUAAUAGCUGCAUUAGCUGAAGGAACAAAAGCACAUGUACCUUAUCGGGAUAGCAAACUAACCCGAAUUUUACAAGAAUCGCUGGGUGGUAAUUCAAGGACAACAAUUGUAAUUUGCUGUUCUCCAGCUUCUGUUAAUGAAGCAGAAACGAAGAGCACGUUGAUGUUCGGACAGCGAGCUAAAACAAUUAAAAAUGUUGUUAUAGUGAAUGAAGAAUUAACAGCUGAAGAAUGGAAGCGACGUUAUGAGCGAGAGAAGGAGAAGGUAGCUAGGCUAAAGCAACAGUUGAUGGCGUCAGAGGCAGAACUAAAUCGGUGGAGAAAAGGUGAAAAGGUGCCCGAGACGGAAUGGGUUAACCUACUUGAAGGUGCUGCAGUAAGCCUACAACUUCCGCCUGGAGCAGAAUCACUCUCACCAUCCGUCAGUGAUUCGGUACUCGGUUCACUUGAUAGAUCGAUUUCGGUUGCUCCGGUACCUUUACUUACGUCAGCAAUUGGUGCAAUUACUGAUGCCGAUCGAAAGAAGUAUGAAGAAGAACGAUCUGCACUCUAUCAACAGCUGGAUGAAAAAGAUGAUGAAAUUACACUGCAUUCCCAACUGGCUGAACGUCUCAAGCAGCAAAUGAAUGAGCAGGAAGAAUUAAUCAGGCAGAUCAAGCUCGAUUAUGAGAAUGCUCAGGCAGAAGUGAGCCGUAUUCAGAGUGAAAAUGAAGCUUCAAAAGAAGAAUCAAAAGAAGUACUGACUGCUCUGGAAGAACUUGCAAUGAAUUACGAUAUAAAAACACAAGAAGCGGAACAGAAGGCUCGGGAAAAUGAACAGCUUAGCGAUGAGUUGUCAAAGAAAAAUAUAAAAGUCGUGGAACUGACCACAGAAUUGGAAACAUUACGUGAAAGUUGUGCGACGCAGAAAAAACGUAUUACUGAUGCGAUGCAAUCAAUGUUAAGAGAUUUGUCAGAAGUUGGUAGCAGCUAUGCCAAUGCAGCUAAGUUCAAUAUGGAAAACGGAACCGACAAACCAUAUGAUGAAGAAUUGUUUGCGCAUGCACGAAUUUGCAUAUCAAAAUUAAGUGCUGAUUUCAAGUCAACGCUUCAGAAAAUGUCAAGCCUAGAAUCAGGUUCUGGCGAUGUAACACAGAGACUGGAAAGCACCGAAAAAGAUUUAGCUGAUUGCCGAUUACUUCUGCAGCAAAAUGAGGCGAAAAAUAAAUCACUGCAGGAAACAAUCACAGCACAAGAAAAAAUGAAACGUCAACUUGAAGAGCAAGUAGAUAUGUUGAAUGAAAAAUUAGCGGCCGCAGGCGGUGAAGCUGUACAAAUAAGCGAUGAAGCAAAAGAGCAACAUACCAAACAAGUUGCUGCACUGCGAGAUGAAGUAGCCAAGAAAAGCCGUAAAAUUGAGGAACUCAUUGCAUCAUUGCAAGAUUUACGGGUCGCUAAGAAUCAGUUACAAGCUGAUUACGAAAAACUGAAAAUUAAUGAACAGGAACAAGAAAAGCGUCUUAAAGAACUGUCUGGUUUGUCCGAGAAACGGGAACAGGCAAAAAGUGAUCUGAAAGGGCUGGAAGAAACAGUCGCAAAAGAACUGCAAACUUUGCAUAAUCUUCGUAAAAUGUUUGUGCAGGAUAUCGGACAGAGAAUUAAGCGAGCACCUACGGGCACGGAGCCAAAUGAAGACGAGUACAUGUCUUCUCCGGCUCAGAAACAAAAGAUCGCGUUUUUAGAAAAUAAUUUGGAUCAGUUAACCAAAGUGCACAAACAGCUUGUGCGGGACAAUGCUGAUCUACGUUGUGAGUUACCAAAAAUGGAAAAACGACUACGUGCUGCUAUGGAUCGUGUAAAGAGCUUGGAAACAGCACUGAAAGAAACCAAAGAAAAUGCUAUGCGAGAUAGGAAAAAAUACCAACAUGAAGUUGAAAGAAUCAAAGAAGCUGUGCGUCAGAGAAAUCUUGCCAGACGAGGUCUUGCUGCUCCUCAGAUUGCGAAACCAAUUCGUCCUGGACAACAUUAUUCGCCAGUGGGCACGACAAUGUCGGUAUUGACUUCCGCAAUGCAAAAUUCCGUUCGAGGAACAGUUAAUGCGAGUUUGGUGAAUAAUGCAGCUUGAAAAGUGCAUAUCCACUGUAUGGUUUAUCUCUAAUAGAAUGGACGUUGUUCAAAAGCCGCCACAUAUUGUCUCCAUAAUGGAAGAAAAGUAAUUCGGUUAUAUUUGAAAGAAUCUAUGUGAUAUAGAGAUGUUUCGGUUUGCAUCUCUUUGCUAUUGUUUGUAAUUUUUUUUUUUGAAUUUCCUGUGCUAAAUCUUGAAACUUUGGCAUUAUUUUGAUCAUUCUGCUUCAAUUUUGUAUUCAGUUUUAUAAACUUAAUCGGAAAUGUGCUCACAUUCCCGUUAACGAAUCAUCGAAUUCCCCGAAGUAUCAGUUUACCUUUUUAAAGUCACUGUUUAAAUCAAAUUGCUUCAAUUUUCUACGAUGUAUUUGCUGACUUGACUUUUGAUGAUUCUUUAGAGUUAACGAGGAAGAAGCAAUCAAGAAAAUUGCUGUAAUGGAUAUAAAAAAAAAUUCUUUUAGUUACUAAUAGAGUUUUGUUUCCUUUGUAUGAUCACUGUGAUGCCUUGCUCCUUAUGGAUUGGUCGUUUGUGAGCGAUGCAAGGAUAAGGUUGUAAGGGAUUUCAUUUUCUUACUAGCAAUUCGCUUGAUUCUGUUAAUUGUGUUUCUCGCCAGUAGUCACUUGUUACAGCAUAUAUUUUCGCAAAUUAUCCUUUCAUUUUUAUCUGAAACUUUUAAUUCUUUUGAUUCUAAGUUUACUCUUAUUCGCCUAUAUUGCAAUCUCAACUGUUUCAAUCUCAUGCACAUUUUCCGAUGUAUGUUAUUAUCAGUGUUCUACAAUUAUUUAUUAACGCAUGUUACUUGAAUAAAAAAAGUUCAAAUUGAGAUAAAGGUAGGGUUGAAUGUGGUACUUAUGAGUCCUGCUUAUUUUCACCACAAUUAUGUUGUUCGCUCUUCAUGCUUAUUUCCGGCUUAAUUUAAUAGUGUUUUGUUCACUUUGUAUUCAUUUUGAUGUGGGGGAAGAAAUCGAUUCUGCAUAAAUUUGUGUUUCCCCAG